AUGGAAGUUAAAUAGAAAUUGAUAAAAAAUUAGAUUUUAAUUAUUAGAAAACUAAAUUAAUAACGAUGGUUAGGGAGAAGUAGAAGGUAAGAGAGAAGAAAAUUCUUUGAGCCAAAGGAAAAUGAGAAGGUUGAGAGUAUUGAUGAUCAUAAAUUAAGGAGAGACUCUUUGGAAUAAAAAAGAAUAAAGCAGUGAAUUAAUUUGA